UCAUCAUGAAUGUGUCUACAAGUUUGAAGGUACGCCUGCCCGGCUUCGUGCUGGUGAUGGAGGUUGUCAUGAUAGUGCUUUAUGCUCUUUUUGUCACUUAUGAUGACGAUACCGACGCUAAAAUGCAAAACAAUGCCACCAACCCGAUGGAGAACUCCAUGUAUCGAGACUAUCCCUACUUUGCUGACGUGCAGGUGAUGAUCUUCUUAGGUUUCGGCUGCCUACUGGCCUUCUUCCGAUUCUACGGCUUUGGUGGGAUGGUCUUCAACUUUCUUACGGCUACAUUUUCGAUCCAGUGGGCAAUCCUGAUGCAAGGCUUCUUCCAGUUUUACUAUGAUGGUAAAAUUCACCUGGGAGUGAUCAACCUGGUGAAUGCAGAGUUUGCCUGUGCUGUGGUGCUCAUCUCGUUUGGGGCCGUGCUUGGAAAGACCAGUCCUAUUCAGCUUUUGGUCAUGGCUUUGCUGGAGGUCCCUAUCUUUGCUGUGACAGAGUGGGCUGUAUUGAAAUACAUUAGGAUCAACGAUGCAGGCGGCAGUAUUCUUAUUCACCUGUUCGCCUGCUACUUUGGUCUUGGGGUGACUUUUGUGCUGUACCGCCCAGGCCUGAAUGAGGGACAUUCUAAAGAGACCACUAGUUAUGUUUCUGACAUCCUCUCUGUAAUGGGAACGUUGUUCCUCUGGGUGUUCUGGCCUUCAUUUAACUCUGCCCUGACCCUUAAGGGUGACGAUCAGCACAGAGCAAUACUCCACACUUUUAUAGGUCUAAGUUCAUCCACUAUCACCGCCUUCGCGCUCUCUGCACUGUUCAACAAGAGAGGCAAGAUCACAAUGGCUGAUAUUCAGAAUGUGACUCUGGCAGGUGGUGUGACUGUUGGGGCUUCUGUGGACAUGAUGAUUUCCCCUGUAGCUGCAUAUGUCCUGGGCAUCAUGGGCUGCACUGCCUGUUUCUUGGGAUACAAGUACCUGACCCCCUUUUUGGCCCAAUACAUGAGGAUCCAAGACCAGUGCGGUAUUCACAACCUCCAUGGGCUCACUGGACUCAUAUCAUCCACCGCAGGGAUCUGUGCCAUCCUCCUAGCCACUGAGGAAACCUACGGGCCCAGCAUGUACCAGAUCUUUUCCCACCGUGCUCCACCUGAGGGAGAUCCAAAGCUCCUGGAACUGCAGCAGCUGAUUCCCGGGCUGAAGCCGGGCUUGGGUCGUACUGGGCAGGAGCAAGCUCUCUUCCAGGUGGCAGCUAUCUUUGCCACCAUCGUAGCAUCUGCAGUUGGAGGGAUGCUCACUGGGUCUGUCAUGAAGCUGCCCUUCAUGGCAUCCCCGUCUGACAAGGACUGCUUUGAUGAUGAGCUUUUCUUUGACAUGCCCUCUGACUUUGAUAGUGUUGAAGUGCUCAAGACUGCCAUAAGCCUUGAUGAAAAGGAACAAAUGAGCUCAAUGGAAACCAAAGUCGACAUACAGAGGCAGUCAUUUUGAGUCAUUACAUUUUUAAAAUUAUUGUCAUUGCAACUAUUUCAAAAUGUAGAUGUUUUUCACACUUGUUUGUGAGUUUUACAGAUUGACUGUUAUUUCAUGUUGGAGAGAUGAAAUAUAUUUGGGAUUUGAGCUGAAACAUUGGCAUUUACCGAAAAGCUGCUUACUGUUUUAGCUGAAAUUAGAGUUUUGUAUGUAAAAUGGCAAAGGGCAAAUAAAAGUUUAAAAUGUGAGAGUUAAUGUAAUUUGUAUUGUGCUUUAUGAAUUCACUUUGAAAUAAAUGAUUUUUAAAAUAUCCUAAAUAA